AUGUCGCUGAGAAAUACCGACCGCUUCCGGGAAAUCCCCUGGGCUGCUGCGCUCCUCGCCGAUGAGAAUUUCGUCGUCGUCCCCACCAGCUCGCGCACGCCGAAGGCUUCCGGAGAGGACUCGUUCAUUGCCGAAGCUCUCAAUACCGAGAGGACCAUCCGCAACUGGGUCACCCAGCACAGUAUACCGCAGGAAAAUAGCUGGCCUGCCAUUGCCGAAGUGCGCUCCUUCCUCGAUAUCGGCGACGGCCUGAAUGGCUAUCCCGCCACCAUGCACGGCGGUAUGACCGCCGCUCUCAUGGACGAGCUCACUGGCCAGCUUCUCAAUAUCAACGUUGACCACCGCAACCGGAUGUCAGGCGUCCACAAACCUCUCAAUGCCAUGACCGCUUAUCUCAAUGUGUCCUACAAGAACCCGUUGCCCCUUCCCGGUGUCAUUCUCGGCACCGCCAAAAUCACAAGAGUCGAUGGGAGGAAGUUCUACUUGCGCGGCACCCUCGAAGACGGAACUGGUCAAAUUUAUGCCAUCGGCGAGGCGCUGUUUGUUGAAAUAAGGCCCAAGGUUUGA